AUGGCCUCUAUGCUCUUGAUACCAAUCGAGCUCCUUUCACGCAUUUUUGAGAGCUGCGAUGACUUCCCUCAGGUCAUCGCACUUGCCUCAGCGUGCAAACAGACUCAUGCGGCCUGGGAGAAGCAUUCGGGGACAAUCGUCCGGAGCGUGGGAAGAGCCCAGAUUCGGUCAUUUGACGACGCUUUCAUGGCGGUACGAGCGACAGCGAUUGUUCUCAAAGCCUACCAAAAGAAGACUUCCCAGCCAGUGAUCAAGAUCAACACGUUGAGCGGGGACUAUAGGCUCCCAGAAGUCGCCGAACUCAAAGAAGUCCUCAACAUGCGAUAUCUCGUCCAGUGUCUUGAAUGGAAGUAUUUCAAUAGCGACACAUUGAGCAUAGAUGACCAUCUUUUCCAUGACGUGGGGUAUUAUCGUUACCCCUCAUCAUAUCGACAAUUUCCAGGAAGUCCGAAUGAAGAAAUCCAAGGGCCUAUCUCAGCAGGCUUCGAUUCCAUGCAGGGUAUGUUCCGCAAAGCGAUGAAUCGGGUGCUGCGCAGUCCAGACGCCAGACGCCCAAGGAUCGAGUGCUUUCGGGAUGAAUUCUAUAGAGCCAUGUAUCGAUUACUUCUUGCUGGCGCGGUUCUUGCUGCACCUUACAUGGCGCCGAUUUUUCAAGCCAAGGAGAACGGAGGAAAGGAGGGAUUCUUCGCACGUCACGGCCACGAGGAAUACAAGUACUUGUACAUGGACUGGGAUAAUGCUUCGGAAGAUGGACCUACCAGACCAGAGGACAUCCCCUACCUUCGGCGAUUCCCUGUUUACAAUUUUGAUGUCGAUGAUUGGAGCGAGAUCGGGCAAUGGCGGGAUCGAGAGUACGAGACUUGCUUCGGCCCUUUCGCAUCCUGGAUCGUCGAAGAUGGAAGGAAAAGGCAGCGGCAAAAGCCUCCACACCCAAACAAUCCCGAGCCGGACGGGGCGGAACACCCUGAAGAUGUUGGAGCGGUCAGAGAGUUAAUGCUUCUGUUAGUGGCCUACGAUCACUUUGACUCGAUGCUUUCAAAUCCCGAGUCACAAAGAAACUAUGAAGCUGCCUAUAAGAAAAAGCAAGGAAAUAGAACGGUCUCUAUUGUGAGAUUUGGGGUCUUCCAGAUUGAGCAAGUGACGAUGCCUGCAGCAUUCGAGGAUUUAACGAGUCAAUAUUUGCUCACAAGUUUUCACCCAGCAUUGAAAGGCUCACAGGGAGAGGCCAUACCAUAUCAGCUUGAUAUCAAGAUGAGAAUCGCAUGGGCACUUGAAGGACGAAGAAGAUACAGUCGUCUUCCCAUUAGGGAGUAUCCAGGGCCUCCUGCGAUGCUCGAGUUAUGGCGAUUCGCACUCAAACGUUACUUAAACUUAGGGUUUGGGUCGAAGACGUUUUGGAUUCCUCGCAGAAAUCCGAGGGAAUCGCAGAUUUUGUGGUGGAAUGAAGUGGGUGGGGGAGAAAUAUUUCUCAAUCCUAGUUGGGCUCCCGUGCAGAAAUACAAAUUUGGGGUCAACUCGUGGGAAGUCGAGGCACCUUGA